ACGUAUUAAACUUUCACAGUAUCUCUCUCUUAUUUGCCAAACAUAAAAAAAAAAUAAAGAAGAAUCAAUAUGGGUGCUUUUGUUUUUUCACGACCAGCACUUUUAUUUGCUUUUUUCUGCAUUUGUAGCAUUAUUCUAUUUCCAGACUUUGUCACUGCUGGCAUUACAAGGCAUUACAAGUUCGAUAUAAGAUUGAAAAAUGUGACUAGGUUAUGCAAAACAAAGACCAUUGUCACUGUGAAUGGGAAAUUCCCAGGACCAAGAGUUGUUGCUAGAGAAGGUGAUCGUCUAGUGGUCAAGGUUGUUAAUCAUGUCUCCAACAAUGUUAGCUUUCAUUGGCAUGGUAUUAAACAACUUCGAAGUGGAUGGGCGGAUGGACCAGCAUAUAUCACCCAAUGCCCAAUACAAACUGGCCAAAGUUAUGUCUACAACUUCACCAUUACUGGCCAAAGAGGAACCCUUUGGUGGCAUGCUCAUAUUUCAUGGAUGAGGGCUACCCUCUAUGGUCCUCUUAUCAUCUAUCCCCAGCAUAAUACUUCUUAUCCAUUUGCCAAACCCCACAAAGAAGUCCCCCUCAUGUUUGGUGAAUGGUGGAAUGCUAAUGUUGAGGCUGUGAUUAAUCAAUCACUUGUAACUGGAGCUGGACCUAAUGUCUCUGAUUCAUACUCUAUUAAUGGUCUUCCUGGACCAUUAUACAAUUGUUCUGCAAAGGAUACUUUUAAGUUGAAGGUAAAACCAGGAAAGACAUAUUUGCUGCGUAUAAUCAAUGCUGCACUCAAUGACGAUCUUUUCUUCAGAAUAGCUAAUCAUACUAUGACAGUCGUUGAAGCAGAUGCAAAUUACGUCAAGCCCUUCGAAGCAGACACAAUUCUAAUUACUCCUGGACAAACCACAAAUGUCCUCCUUAAAACACACCAUAAUCCUCAACAAACCACUUUCAUAAUGGCUGCUAGACCCUAUUUCACUGGCCAGGGCACAUUUGAUAAUUCCACAAUUGCUGGAAUUCUUAUGUAUGAUCAUAAUUUACUUGGAACUAGCUCAUCAUCAUCUCACACAUCAAUUAAAAAUCUCCCGAUCCCAAUUCUUCCACCAAUUAAUUCCACCUCAUUUGUAGCCAAUUUUACUAGCAAAUUUCGCGCUUUGGCUAGCGCAAAAUUCCCAGCUAAUGUUCCACAAAAAGUUGACAAGCAUUUUUUCUUUACCGUAGGCCUGGGUAGUAACCCGUGCCCAAAAAACCAAACUUGUCAAGGUCCUAAUAAUUCCUCAAAAUUUGCUGCUUCUGUUAAUAAUGUCUCUAUGAUUCUCCCAACCACAGCACUACUCCAAUCCUACUUCUUCAAAAAAUCAAAUGGAAUAUACACUAGUGAUUUUCCAAGUUUUCCUCUGAUGCCCUUUAAUUACACUGGCACCACUCCAAAUAAUACUAAUGUCUCUAAUGGCACAAAAGUUGUGGUGCUUCCUUACAAUACUUCAGUGGAAUUGGUAAUGCAGGACACUAGUAUUCUUGGUGCUGAAAGUCAUCCUCUUCAUCUUCAUGGUUAUAAUUUCUAUGUUGUUGGCCAAGGUUUUGGUAAUUUUGAUCCUAAGAGGGACCCUGCUAAAUACAAUCUUGUUGAUCCUGUUGAAAGAAACACCAUUGGAGUUCCAGCUGGUGGAUGGGUAGCCAUUCGUUUUCUAGCUGACAAUCCAGGAGUAUGGCUCAUGCAUUGUCACUUUGACGUGCAUUUGAGUUGGGGAUUGAGGAUGGCUUGGUUAGUGUUAGAUGGAGAUCUUCCUAACCAAAAGUUGCUCCCACCACCAGCUGAUCUUCCCAAGUGUUAAGAAACUCAUCAGUUCUCCAGCGUUUUUCUUCUUUCAAUUAUGUAUUUGACUUCUUUUGGUUUAAUUUUGUUGCAAUCUUGUGUAUUUUGUUUUUUUCUUGCUUGAGAUUCUUCAUUGAAGAAUAAGAAAGGGAGGAGAGUGACGGAGAUUUUGUUUAUGUAAAACUUUUGCCGGAUUAAUCAAUAAAACAUUUUAAAUUUCUCCUA